AUGGAUAAUGAAACUGUGGUUCUUACAAAAGAAUGCAGUGCGAUUAUCCAGAAAAAUCUCCCUGAGAAAUUAAAGGACCCAGGCAGCUUUGUGAUUCCUUGUACUAUUGGAGAAGUAACAGCUGAAAUACCUUUAUGUGAUCUUGAAGCAAGCAUCAAUCUCAUGUCAUUAUCAUUGAUGCGCAAGCUUCAAAUUGAAGAGGUAAAACCUACCAGAAUUUCUUUACAACUUGCUGACCGUUCUCUUAAAUUUUCUUUAGGUGUUGUUGAGAAUUUACUGGUGAAGGUGGGGACGUUUAUCUUCCCUCCAGACAUUGUCAUAUUUGAUAUGGAAAAGGAUGUCAAUGCCUCUAUUAUACUGGGGAGGCCAUUCCUUGCUACAAGGAGAGCUUUAAUUGACGUUCAAAAGGGUGAAUUGACAUUGAGGGUGAAUGAUGAACAAAUUGUGCUCAAUGUAUUUAAAGCUCUACAACACCCGAAUGAUUCUGCAGAUUGUAUGAAGAUUGAUAUUAUUGAUCCCCUGGUGUAA